AUGAGAAUCUCUCAGAAACUACAGCGAGCGCAUGAGGACAGCAACCAGGACGCUACGUUCUCGUUCGAAUUCUUCGUGCCCAAGACCGCACAGGGUGUCCAGAACUUGUACGAACGGAUGGACCGCAUGUACCAGACCCAGCCCGAAUUUAUCGAUAUCACGUGGAAUGCCGGAGGCCGCUUGAGCAUGCUUUCCACAGACCUUGUUGCGACGUCCCAGGGCGUGCUAGGGCUCGAGACGUGCAUGCACUUGACGUGCACCAACAUGCCGGUUUCGCAGAUCGACGAGGCAUUGCAAAAGGCGUACGAUGCCGGGUGCCAGAACAUUCUAGCGCUUCGCGGGGACCCUCCGAUCAACUCGCUUGGCGAAGAAGAAGAGUGGAAACCGUGCGAAAACGGGUUUAGGUACGCCAAGGACUUGGUGUCGUACAUUCGCGAGAAGUACGGGGACCAUUUCGACGUUGGUGUUGCUGCGUAUCCCGAGGGCCACCCUGAGUGCGAGAGCGAGAGCGACUUGUUGCAGCAUUUGAAGGAGAAGGUGGACUGCGGGGCGGACUUUAUGAUCACGCAGAUGUUUUACGACGUGGACAAGUUCUUGGACUGGUGCGCCAAGGUGCGGGCUGCUGGCAUCAGCAUACCCAUCAUCCCGGGGAUCAUGCCGAUUACGUCGUAUCCGGCGUUCAUCCGUAGGACGCAGUGGUGCCAGAUCAACGUUCCGGAGAAGUUCAUCGCGAAGUUGGAGCCCGUGAAGGACGACGACCAGCUCGUCAGAGAGCUGGGCACCGAGUUGAUGGUGGAGCUCUGUACCAGGCUGCUCGAGUCCGGGUACGUCAACCACUUGCACUUGUACACGAUGAACUUGGAAAAGGCGUCGUUGAUGAUCUUGGAAAGGCUGGGGCUCUUGAAGAGCAGCGCCAGCGCCCGCAGCAGCACAAGCAGCAGCAGUGGCAGCCACAGCAUCGAGGAACCGCUCGAGCCGUUGCCCUGGAGAAAAUCGCUCAAUCCAAAGCGGAAAAACGAGUUGGUGCGCCCCAUCUUCUGGCAAAAGAGACCAUACUCGUACGUGGCUAGAACGUCGCUGUGGAACGAGGACGAAUUCCCCAACGGUCGUUUCGGUGACUCCUCCUCGCCAGCUUACGGUGACCUAGAUCUCUGCGGCCACUCUUUGAUCAGACAAUCCGUCAAGAAAUCCAUCGAGUUGUGGAGCACUCCAUCCAACUUGGACGACAUCAGCUCCUUGAUCAUCUCGUAUUUGGAAGGAAAAUUGAAGUGUCUCCCAUGGUCAGACGUGCCCUUGAACCACGAAGUCGACGACAUCUUGCUGGGCUUGAUCGACAUCAACAAACACCACAUCUUCACCAUCAACUCCCAACCAAAGGUCAACGGAAAACCUUCAACAGACCCCGUCGUCGGUUGGGGCCCAACCAAGGGCUACGUCUACCAAAAACAAUACUUGGAAUUCCUCUUGCCCAGAGACAAACUCCCUAGGUUCCAAGAACUAUGCAGCAAACACGACGACCACCUAACUUACUUCGCAAUCGACGCAAACGACGACUUGUCCACAAACCACCCGGAGGAGACCAGAGCAAACGCCGUCACCUGGGGUGUCUUCCCAGGAAGCGAAAUCCUACAACCCACCAUCGUAGAAAAGGUCUCCUUCCUCGCCUGGAAAGAAGAAUUCUACACCAUCUUAAAAGAAUGGAAAUUGACCUUCCAGGAACACAAGGCAGCCCAAUCCAUCAACCUCGUUAACGAGUUGAUCGAUAACUACGUCUUGGUCAACGUCGUGGACAACGACUUCAUCUCCCCAAACAACCACAUAUUCGACGUGCUACAACAAUUAUACUAA